ACUUUCAUAUCUAUAAAAUAUUAGUAAGGAUUACUAAAGUUACGUACAUUUUAAAUGUAUUAAAUUUCAACACAUGGGGAGUAUCAUGGGCGAAACAGUAUACUCUGUUAUGUUCAUGGUACUGCUCAUGUCUAUAGGCGACGGUUACCACUUUUCAUCAGGUGGAUCGUCAGCUUGUUUGCUAUUCUAUGUUGCAUAAAAAAAAUGUAUUAAAUAAUUACUCUAUUUUAAUAGAAAUUAAUGAAAAUGUAGUCAUAUUUUGUUGAAAUUAUCAUAAAUAUGAUAUUUCAAAUGAUAAUUGUAACAAAUCCGAACAUUCAAUCAUUUAAAAUCUUAACAUCCACUUUGAAAACCACUACCAAAAUGUCGUUUCUAACCUCCAAACUUUUACUACCACUGUUACUUAGUUACAAUAUUGAUUUAAUUUCAAAUAUUUCGCUUCGUGCAAGGAAAUAACAUUCAGUCCUUUAAAUAAGACUUAAAAAAAGGUCUCAUAUAAAACCUGAAGAGACAAGACGAGAGAUUUAAAGAUGGCGGUCCCAACUGAUGAUAUGGAAAUGGAGAAGAUAGCUGAGGAUGAACUGUCCAAGUUGCAGAGACAGUUCAGAGUAAUGGAGAUCGACCGAGCGAUGGUGACGAGCAGCGUACAACCCACGCUGAGGGUCCAGAGGAACAUCAUUAAGAGCCUCAACUCCGAGCUGGAAAAAAUCAUGAUGGAAUUGAAGCUAACGAAAAGCACGUCGAACGUUCUAGAAAAUACCAGAACACGAGAUAAACUAAUAUCUCUGCUGAAGGAGCAUGAGAGGUGUUCCACCGAGGUGAGGGAACACCGAGCCAACAUCAAUGAGCUGGACUUCCUUAUAAAGCAGGUGCAGAGGGAAAUCAAAGGGUUGAGGAGUAAGGGUACAGGGAGUGAAAUGGAGUAUACGAACACACUGUCCAAUCAAACGAUGCUGAGUCAACUGGAGAACCGCUUGAACACGGCAAUGAAGAAGUUCAACACGGUGAAUAGCGAGAACUUCAAGAUACGUCUGGAAAUUGAUAAGUUGCUACGAGACCGCCAAUUCUUCAACAUGAUCUGGAAGAACCAGAUCAAAAGGAUGAUGGACGGCAAGGCGCAGAUCCUGGAGUUGGUAGAACAGGCGAUCACCACGUACGACCAGAGAGAGGAGUGGUGCAACAAACUGGACGCCUUAAAAGAGAAAGCUGCUAUGGACUACAGAAGACAUUGUCUGGAAGUACGCGAGCUCCAGCGACAAUUGGACCACAGCAUGAAACUGGAGGAGUUCCUCCGUACAAAAGGAACAGUCAGACUAACGACGGCCGACGCGAAGGCCGAAGCCAAACGGCUGGAGCAGCAGGAGGAGGAAAUGAGGAUUUACAACAACUACGUUAAUAUAUUGGACGCUAUUAAAGAGUUUACUGGUGAAGACGACGUAGACAAACUAAUCCAGGAGUAUACGCGUCGUGAGGAAGAGAACUACGCACUGUUCAAUUAUAUAAACGAAGUCAACAGCGAGCUGAAGAAUUUGAGUGACAACGUCAAGAUGCUCAAAGUUGACAUUGAUGACGAGCGUGCAAAGCACGAAGCCAAGAUGUGCAAACAGCAGGACAGCAUAGAAUCACUGCGAACUACGCUAGAACAAAAGCGGGAAGCGACGGCCGAGCUGCAACAAACUUAUGACCGAAACGCUGAGGUGCUGGCGGGAUUACUACAGCAUAUACAGAACUUGGCCUUAUCGUCUGAAUGCAAUUCGUUGCCUAUACUGAAGCUACUCGGGAAGGCCUUCGACGUGAACGUGACCAACGCUCGACUGUACAUCAAGAGUUUGGAGAAGAAGAUCAUGGAGGUGGUUGGUGUCAUCAAAUUUGAUGAAGCGAUGCAGCGUAUGUCGGACAGCAAGGACCGCACGCCGCCGUCGACGCGACGUCGCCGCAGGGCCGCGCCUGCGCCGUCGCCGCGACCUCCGCCACAGCCGCGGCAUGGAACUGUCUCCGCUCAGGCUUAGGAUCUACCGCCUAUUACUAUGGUCUGUCUCAAGUUAGAACUUAACGAAAACGUAAGUUUACGUUUACUAAAUAAAUUAGUAACAAAUGGAAAUAUAAACUGGUUAUCUAA